AGGUGUUGUGGUGGACUGUGGACUAAGUACAUUUGUAGGACUGCCUCUCAGUAUUAGAGGCUGAGCUGCUUCAAUAACCGCCCCAGUCCUGUACCGGAUCAGAACUGGUCAGUUUGUUAGUACGGGAGUUGUGGUUGCUUGCUGCCUUCAGGGGACCUUACUGAAGGCCAGCAUGCGUCUACUAGGGUCUGCUGUCCUUUUCUCUGUUUUGCUGCAGACAAUGUCUGUACCAGCAGAGGAAUGGCAGACUGCCACAUCAAUUUACAACUUCACAGCCACAGAUAUUGAUGGAAACUUGGUGUCUCUGGAAAAAUAUAGGGGUAAUGUUGUCAUCAUCACUAACGUUGCCUCUAAAUGAGGAAAAACUCCAGUGAACUACUCUCAGUUUGCGGAUUUGUACGCCCGCUAUGCUGAGAGGGGUUUGCGCAUUCUUGCCUUCCCCUCCAACCAGUUUGGAAACCAGGAGCCAGGCACUGAGGCCCAGAUCAAGCAGUUUGCUCAAUCGUACAACGCUCAGUUUGACAUGUUCAGUAAAAUUGAUGUAAAUGGAGACAGUGCUCACCCUCUGUGGAAGUGGCUCAAGAGCCAACCCAAUGGAAGAGGGUUCAUGGGAAAUAGCAUCAAGUGGAACUUUACAAAGUUUUUGAUCAAUAGAGAGGGCCAGGUGGUAAAGAGAUAUGGGCCCCUGGAUGAUCCUAGUGUGGUGGAAAGGGAUCUUCCCCAGUACCUGUAAUCUCUGCGUGAAUGGAUGGCCAACCAAUAAUGCAUUUACUAACUCGCUUAUAAUUUCUCCUGGUAUUGUAUUUUUUGUGUUUCUGUGUCUCAGAGAAUCAGUCAAUAUAACAUGUGCCUGGCCCAGAUAAAUGAAGGGAUGUUCAAAAAUCUAGUUUUCUGGACUGAACAGACCUGAUGAAAAUUGCGUACAAAACUACUGGGAAGAGCACAAUGUUGUCUGAAUCUGAGUCUCUGUCAGGCAAAGAAGUACCAUACUAAAUUUCCAAAUAAAAAGCACCAACAAGUUAAA